AUGAGUUCGGAAGGAAGGAAGUCCUGGACCAUCAAGGACUUCGAGAUCGGACGCCCACUCGGGAAAGGCCGCUUCGGCUCGGUGUACCUCUGCCGUGAGGGCAAUUCGAAGUACGUGGUCGCGAUGAAGGUGCUAUUCAAGAAACAGCUCGUUCGGCACAACGUCGCUCACCAACUCCGACGGGAAGUCGAGAUCCAGUACAACCUGCGCCACCCCAACAUCUUGCGCCUCUUCGGAUACUUCCACGACACCGACCGCGUCUUCAUCGUCUUGGAGUUUUGCCGAGGCGGCGAUCUCUAUGGGAAGCUGAAGCAACAAAUCAAGCUGGAUCAACCCACUACCGCCAAAUAUGUAGCGCAACUAUCCAGCGCGCUCGACUUCUGUCAUGAGCGGAAUGUCAUCCACCGGGAUGUCAAACCUGAAAACGUGCUCAUCGAUGGCGACGACAAUAUAAAACUUUCGGACUUCGGAUGGGCCGUGAUGCACUCUGAGGGCACACAACGCGUCACCGUGUGUGGAACCCUCGACUACCUCGCCCCAGAGAUGAUCACGAACAAGCCGCACGAUAAGAAGGUUGACACAUGGGCCGUGGGCAUCCUUCUCUAUGAGUGUUUGGUCGGCAAGCCACCAUUCGAGGAUCGCACGCAGAGCGACACCAUCGCCAAAAUCCGGCGCUGCAACAUCAAGUUCCCGCCCAGCUUCCCCGAACAAGCAAAGCAGCUGGCUUCGAAGAUCCUUAUGGUGGAUGCCAAAAACCGAAUCGAGCUGCAGGAGGUCAUCAAGCAUCCAUUUUGUGCUGAAUUUGCUAAA